AGUAUUGUCGAGUCCAGUUUUCCUCAAGCGCUAGGAGUUCGAUUGUGAAGACAGACUGGAACAAGGAGCACUCUUGGCCGACCUUUGAACAACAGUAAAAUUUGCAGUAUUGUAGCAGACCGUCACAAGAGAAAGAUGCCUUUGGGUGACGAUGGCCAUGCCUGGAAAAAGAAAACCUCAGACGUGAAGGAGAACUACGACUUCAAAGAGAUUCUGGGAACGGGGGCGUUCUCUGAGGUGGUCCUAGCAGAGGAGAAGAGGACCCAGAGGCUGGUAGCCAUCAAGUGCAUCCCCAAGAAAGCCCUGGAGGGCAAGGAGAACAGCAUUGAGAAUGAGAUCGCUGUUCUACACAAGAUCAAACAUACCAACAUCGUCUCUCUAGAGGAUAUCUUUGAGAGUAAAUCACACCUGUACCUUGUCAUGCAACUGGUGUCUGGAGGAGAGCUGUUUGACCGGAUUGUGGAGAAGGGCUUCUACACAGAGAGGGAUGCCAGUAAACUCAUCCAGCAGAUUCUGGAUGCUGUCAAGUACCUCCAUGACAUGGGCAUCGUCCACCGCGACCUCAAGCCUGAGAACCUGCUGUACUACAGUAUGGAGGAGGACUCCAAGAUCAUGAUCAGUGACUUUGGUCUGUCUAAGAUCGAGGGGUCUGGCAGCGUCAUGUCUACAGCCUGUGGGACGCCUGGCUAUGUGGCCCCUGAAGUGUUGGCUCAGAAGCCUUACAGCAAAGCUGUAGACUGCUGGUCCAUCGGAGUCAUCGCCUACAUACUGUUAUGUGGCUAUCCUCCAUUCUACGAUGAAAACGAUGCAAAGCUUUUUGAGCAGAUCCUAAAGGCAGAGUAUGAGUUUGACUCUCCAUACUGGGACGACAUCUCUGAUUCAGCUAGAGACUUUAUCAAGAACCUGAUGGAAAAAGACCCACUAUCACGGUACACUUGUGACCUGGCUCUGCAGCACCCAUGGAUUGCCGGUGACACCGCCCUCGACAAAAACAUCCAUGAGUCUGUCAGUGCACAGAUCAAGAAGAACUUUGCCAAGAGCAAGUGGAGGCAAGCCUUCAACGCCACGGCUGUGGUACGUCACAUGAGGCGACUCCAGCUUGGCACCAGCCAGGAGGGGCCCAGCCAGACCACCCUGCCCAGCCAGACCACCCUGCCCAGCCCUUGCAGGGCCCAGCUGCUUCUGCCAGAGGAGCACCCGGAACACACCGAAACUCAGGGGGAGGGGGGAUGCUCCCAGAGUGCAGAAGGUGGAGUGGAGCGGGACCCCCUCGCCAACUGCACCUACCGCUGCCACCCCACCAGCCUGGUCUGAACCCAGACCAGCCCAGCUUUCUCAGCAUCUGGCCAAACUACCCACCCAUGACUUUGACAUUUAAACCUCCGGACACCGGAGAACCAGCUCCCCAGUCUGGCCGGGAGCUCCGAGCUGUUCCAGACCCCCUGCCACCAGGGGGAGGUACCGUGUAAAGAAUCCUGUUUGGGAAGGGAGGUUGGAGAACGGAAGACUUGAUGAUGAUGCCAACAGUGCAGAGCACUUUAAUGAGGAUUGAGUGUGGAGAAUGGGAUUAAAGAGGAUGAAAA